AUGAGAGAUACGGUGGUAGCCACGGCAAUGGGCAGCUACGGCCGCGGGUACGACAGCUACGGCGACGACUAUGGCUACGACUACGACCACGAUGGCGGCUAUGACAACUACGGCAGCGGCUACGGCAGCCACGGCAAGGGCUACGGCAGCCACGGUAGCGGCUACAGAUACCACGGCAGCGGCUACAGAAAGCAUGGCAGCGACUACGGAUACCACGGCAGCGGCUACAAAAGCAUGACACAUGACAGCGGCUACGGAUACCACGGCAGCGGCUACAGAAAGCACGGCAGCGGCUACGGCGGUAGCUAUGGUGGCAGCAUGUACGACACCCGUUAUGGCGGUAGGCAUGGCAUCGGCGGCGGCAGCUACGGCAGCCAUCGCGGCGGCUACGGCAGACGCGACGGCGUCUACUACCUCAACGACUACGGCAGGGAGUAUGGCAACAAUCACUACUACAGUGGCUAA